AGGAAAGAUAAGGACUCCGGACGGGGCGGAAAGAGAGGCGUACGGGAGCGGCGAAGCUGAACAUUGAGAGGACAGAGUGUGGGAUCCACCACGGUUACUAAUUUGCUGCCACGUUUGCAAUUGACUUUUGCACGCAUCGACUUGUAGACUUGUAGUUAGGUCCAGGAACAGAGAAAAUCCUUGUCCGACCCGGAUUUGAGAGUGGGAUCUGGCGGGUCUGCACUGGGUCAAUGUUUGACUGUUUCUUCUCCUCCUCCUCCUCCUAGGUGGGCUUCAACUGUUGAACACCAUUGCGUAUAUAAGCCGGCAACGAGGUGAGGAUCGGCACGGUUUUUACUGCAGAAUCUUACAUACAUGCCUUGUCUUGGCCAGAUUCUUCCUCUUCUCGCCGUGAAAUGACGGCGCCGGCGUUGGAAUCCAUUCUUCGCUCCUUAUCGGAACUCUGCCUUUCCGACGAUAACUUCGCUUGGGAGAACCCUAGGCGCUUCUCUGCCUACGCCAAUCGCCUCCAGCUUGUUCUGAACCAGUUCCUGCGAUCGUCGUCGCCGGAGGCUUUGUCUCCGUCCGUACAAACUACCUUGAGAGGGGUUUCUGGUGAUCUGUCGAAGGCGGUUGAGGCGGUGUCAGUGUAUAGGAACAGAAGCAAAAUCUUCGUCCUCAUCAACUGUCAGUCUCUGUGCGCGUCCCUUCAGGAGCACACCGUAGCAAUCGGAGGAUGGUUGGCUCUGCUGGAGUCGACUCUGCCGGAGGGUUCAGAUCUUCGCAAGAAGGUCGCCGAUCUCUCCCAGGAUAUGAAACAAGCGCAGUUCAGAGUUUCGGAGAACGAAGAGAGAGUGCACUGUACACUGCAGAAGGAGGGACAAGGCAGGCCGACCAGCAAAGCAGUGCAAAGUGCCAUUGUCAUGGAUUUAGCUCGAGCUCUCGGGAUCGAGGCAGAUGAUCAUGCAAAGUUGUCGGAGCAGGUCAAGCUCCUGAAGACGGACUUGGCGAGCUCGAAUCCACUUGCAGAAAGGCGGGUUUUGAUGUCCCUGGAGAGAAUUAUGGAUAACUGGACUGUUCAUCCAGCCACUUCAGAGUGGAACUUGGAUUUUGAUUUUGAAGAGGAUGCCCAAAUGUCGCCCUUUAAGAAUUUUCUAUGCCCAUUGACAAAGGAAGUGAUGAAGGAUCCGGUGGUGUUGGAAUCAUCUCAGAAUUAUGAGCGGACUGCAAUUGAGUACUGGUUCCGACGAUGUAUAGAGGAUGGUCGGGAUCCAACUUGUCCUGUUACGGGGCAGGUGCUCAAGUCUACGGAGAUGAAACCAAACAUCGGAUUGGCUGGCGCAAUUGAAGAGUGGGUUAGUAGGAAUAUUGAAAUUCAACUUAAGUCAGCAGUGCAGUGUCUUUCUGAGAAUCAACCCCCAGUGGAUUCUGUUGAAUGGGUUUUGGAUGUCAUUUAUAAGAUAUCAGAAGAGCACCCAUCUAAUAGAUACAGAGUGAGACAUGCAGGUGUUGUUCUUCUUAUGGUUAAAGUUCUUAGAAACUGUUCGAAGAGCAUGGGAACACAUAUGAGAGGCAAAGCUCUUAUGACUUUGCUUAGCAUGGCCAAGGAUGAAGAAAGCAAGAACAUAAUGCUUGGAGAGGGUAUCACUAGAUUGGCAAUACAUAGUCUUAUUGGGAGUUCAGAGAAAGAGAAAGAGUAUGCUGUGAAGUUAUUGCUAGAGUUCUCGAGGGAUGAAGCUUACUGCACAAAAAUUGCAUCAGAAAAAGGGGCACUAGUUCUUCUUUCGAGCAUGGCAGGAAAUCUGGAGCAUCCUGCCUUAUCUAAUCUAGCUGAAGAGGUGCUAAAACAGAUGGAGAGGGUGGAGGAUAAUGUUCAGCAUUUGGCAGCAGCUGGAAGAUUUGAACCCUUACUUAGCCGGUUAUGUGAAGGUACCGAUGAUGUUAAAAUAGAGAUGGCUCGUAUUAUGGGGAGGAUGACCCUGACAAAUAGCAGUAAGGAACAAAUUGCAAGGAAAUGUGCUAAAACCCUUGUUCAACUGUUAUCUAAGCCAAAAGGAAGAGCUCCAAGCUUGCAAGCAUUGUGUAAUUUGUCAGUCUUGGAUGACAAUGCAACCAUUCUUGUUGAUUCUGCUGUGAUUCCAGCUCUUACAGAUAUUCUUUUCGAAAAUAUGGAUGAUUCAGAGCUGAAGGAAUUAGCUACAUCAAUAAUUGCAAACAUAGUACAGCAUCCAGGGCACUGGGAAUAUUCAUCUAUUGACAACAAAGGACAUUCAAUGCAGUCAGAGACAACUGUGUUCCGUCUUUUGGGGCUUCUAGCUCAUGUUUCCCCUCAAUGUCAAGUAUCUGUUCUCCGGAUCCUUUAUGGAAUUUCAUCUUCACCCCAGGCUUCAGAGUCAGUAGUUACCCAUAUAAAGUCUGGGGAUGGCAUCAAAACCAUUAUACCAUUUCUAGAGCACCCAGAAGUUGAACAUAGAAUUUAUGCUUUCAGGCUUACAAGGAUACUCUCUGGAACGUUUGGCGAAGAUUUAGCUAAUGAACUGAAACCUGCUGACAAGCUUCCCUUAUUUAAAGAGAAACUACUUGACAACCAAUCCACAGAUGGUGAAAGAUCCGAUGCUGCAUGCAUACUGGCUAACCUUCCUCUCUCAGAAGAUGAAGUAAAAACAGUCCUAGGUUCUAGUUUUGUGGGAUGGACAGUUGUUACUCUCAAAGAUCGUCUCCGAAGCACCAAUUGGAGAACUACUCGAUCCUCCUCAUGCUUGGAGGAAGGGCUUCUUGGCCUCCUACUCCACUUUACUCAGAGUCCUGAUCCGCAAACUGUUAGUGUGGUCAAAGAGCAUUCCCUCAUGAAUAUUUUCCGUGAGCAGCUCAACUUCCCUUUAAAACCAAGAGUUAAACAGCUAGCUGCCCUUGGAUUGAAAAACUUGUCAGAGUCUCGAAGGACACUAAUCAGCACUGGGGACUUAGAAGUGCAACUUUCCCAUGGCUUCUGCUCCUCCUUGGUGUUCAUGUGUGGGAAGAGGCCUCCAGAACUGCCUGUGUGCGCCAUACACAAUGUUUCAUGUGAAGAAGAUAAUCAGUUUUGCCUGCUUAGAAGCAAUUGCAUUAAACCCUUGGUAGAUCUUCUAACAGAUGAGGACACCAAUGUUCAAAUUGCUGCAGUGGAGGCACUUUCUACUCUCGUGAUAGAUACUUCCAACAACUUUAAGAGAGCUGUUGAUGAGCUUGAACAUCUGGGUGUGGUUGAAGCUGCUAUUACUCUUUUUACAGAAGUUCGCCCUGGUAUUCUUCAAGAGAGGUUACUUUGGAUGAUAGAGAGAAUAUUAAGAGUAGAGAGUGACAUUAACCGGCACUCGCUAAAUCAGUCUCUGGUCAGGGCCUUGGUAGAAGCCUUUAAGCACGGCAAUGCCAAUGCAAAGGGGUAUGCCCAGGACGCUCUUACCAACCUAAAACAGUUAUCAGGAGUCAGUGGAAAGAACUCGAGUCAAUCUCGUCCUCGGCGGUAGUUACUGACACUAAAGGAUUGCUUGUAUUAUACCAUGUGUAUGUUGUAUUAUUCAUGUCAAAAUCUCAUGUUGUAUAUCAGUCACAGUUGCCUAGUUUUGCAUUCAUUAUUACAAAAGAAGCAAGAGUAUUGCUCGUUAUGAAGCAUAGAAACUGAUGUCCUUUUUAUUUCUUUUGUGAAACAAGGUUUUUGUUAAAUGUUUUUGCUGUGAUUCACUGAAAAUUGGAGGCAUUCAAAUGAAGGAAUAUAUUGAGGGCAUUGUGUUCUUGGACA